UUUUUAGCCUGUCCCAUCAGCGGGCACCCCGGCGUAAGCAUUGAUAUCUGUCAUUCUCGGUGACUAAGCGGCGAGCGCAUUGACGACACCCCUGCAACUCAUCUUUCCGUCUCGCACAAGUCUCAAUAAUGGCAGCGGACGCAUCUCUCUCGCCAGCAGCGAAAUCCCUGGUGUCCGCCACCGCGGGCUUCGAUGCGCUGUUCAAGAACGACAACGUUGGCGCGCGUGCGGCAUUCAGUGCCCCCUCUGACCCUUCGCCGUUCCACCUCCUCGGGCUCGGCGCCGUAGCGUUUCUCGAGGCUGCGCUGGGGAUGGAGCCGGGUCUCAUGGCUGAGGCGACCAAGAUUCUACAGAGUGCAGAGCAGGGUGCCAAGCGGGCUGAGGCGGAGGCUAGGAAGGCGGGGUCCGCUGCGGGGUCUGCACGGGCGAAGGGUGGAGUCGACGGCCACGGCGACGGUGGGGGCCGCUUCGUGCCUGGUGUAGAAUGGGAGAUUCUGCACGCCGAUACGGUGGUGCUGUUAGGUCUGACGCAGGCUUUGUCUGAAUCCUAUAUGGGCUAUCUCCAGUGCUUAUACUCGCUCAAUGCUGCGCACGGCAAGUUCACGAAGCUUUACAAGGCGGUCUUCCCAUCAGGACUCGACGGAUACCGCACCCCCGCACCCUCACACGCCCCUUCCCGCUCCUCGUCCAUCCCCCCCACACCCAGUCAGAGCAAAUUCCUUUCAAGUACCGAUCCAGACUCCGAUCCCCAGCGCACGAUCUCGAAAGCCACCUCGCUCUUAUCGCUCGCGUCAGGCAGCAGUGGAUCCUACCCGUCACCGAACGGCAGCACCGCGACGCUUUCCGUUCCGCCAUCGGGGGCAACCUCGCCGCUGUCCUCGUCUUCGACGACGUCGCUCUCGGCAGCCCCCGCACCGAAGAAGGGCGGGGGCGGUCUGUUUGGGAGGUGGGGCAGCGCCAGUCUGCUGAGUGUCGCGUCGUCGGCGCCGCGUUCGCCGGAGGCUGAGCGUGAGAAGAAGGCACGGGAAGAGGAGGAGCGGUGGCAGAGAGAACGGCCGGCGGAGGGUCCCGUCGAGGAGAUGGUCGUUGCUGGUUCCGCGUUCGGGUACGGGUUGUUCAAUCUGGUGUUCUCGUUACUCCCGAAGCGUGUCCAGUCGGUCGUGGGCAUCUUCGGCUUCAAAUACGACCGCGCACUGGCAUUGCAAGCGCUAGCUAUCAGCGCCGGCGUCCAUACGCUAAUAGAAGGUGAUGGUGGUACGGCCUCAGCAGGGACAGACGUACACGGCGUCUUUGCUGGUCUGACUCUGAUGACAUUCCACGGUGUGGUGCUCCUGCUUUCAGGGUAUCAAGCCGACGAAGCCAAGACUGUUCGUACAUACAAAACGAUCGUCGAUUCUAUUCAAGCAAGGUACCCCACUGGUGCGCUAUGGGUUCUAAAUAGGGCCAAGAUACUCCGCAUGACAGGCGAACCGGACGAAGCCAUAAGCGUUUUACAAGCUGCCUUGAGUGCAGAAGACAACGGAGACGUGAAACGAUUCGUGCAGGCGGAUACGUUGCUCGUAUUUGAGCUGGCAUGGACGCUUCUUUCUCAGCGACAGUUUGAAGAAGCGGCCGAAGCAUUCAUCCGAAUGACAGCUUUGAACUCGUGGUCGCAUGCAACAUACUUCUUCAUUGCGGCAGGCUGCUUCUUGGCUGUCGGUGAGAAAGCCAAGGCUCAGGAGCUCAUCGACAAGAUUCCAGAUCUGGUAACAAAGAAGAAAGUCGGCGGGAAGGAUCUACCGACGGAAGUCUUCAUUAAGAAAAAGAUGGAGUUCUGGAAAGAGAAAGCCAAGCGACAUAACAUCGAUGCGACGAAAUUGGUCGAUGUCAUUGGGAUCAAUCCAGCUUGGGAAAUGGGACUGUUCUGGAACUUGCACCAAAGGACCACGAAUGAAGUAGCCACAGCUUGCAUCAAGGACCUAGCAUCAAUAGCGCCUUCAAUAUCGGUGGUUUCACCGGUCCUCGAUGGAACUCCGCCGCAGAAAACAUUGGCUGAGCUCGACACACCCGACGAGCAAGCACUGCGUUCUCUCCUCCUCGGGGUCAUGCACCGGACACUCGGGCUUUUCGGCCCGGCUCGUGAACUGUUGGAAAGUGCACGUGCCACUGGUUCUCACGCGAAAGUGAACACGUGGGUCCCAGGGGUGGCACUGUUCGAGGAGGCAGUGUUGGUGUUGAAAGUUGAGGACAGUGUCCGUGCGCUGGACGAAGCGGACAAGUUGCUUGAUCAGGCCCAGAGCCAUGCUGCCAAGAGCGAGAUCGAUCUGAGCUCCCGGUUGGACAGUCGCAUUGCUUUGCUGAGAGAUGAGAUUGGGAAAAAGAGGGCCGCUAGCUGAGACGAUGCAGUAUCAGAUACUUCCGCGCACUGCGUCAUAGAGGAUUGAUUGUUAGACAUCUGGCUUGAUGGGUACCACGGACUAGAAAAUCGGCCCUCAUCGAAGUCAUGUCCGAGGUAAAAUUGAAAUCUUCUCUGCCAGUAACAGUGCAUACAUGUGUGUUCUGAUUCAAUUCUCGUCGCGGAUUCUGCAACUCAUUUCGAAAUAUUAUGGAAACCGGAAAAUUCCGGAUGCGGUAAUCAGCUAAUGCUGAAACGACCUCGGAGAGUACUCAUACCUGGUUCCUGGUGGCAGGCGUGUACCGCAGGGUCAUUUGCGGUAUAUUUCACUGCCCUACUGAUUGUGAAACAAUUGGUCACGCUCGCGAUUGCCUUUGACGUUGCACCGCCACAACAUGUCGCACUCAUUUUUCUGUCCCUCGACUGCCCGUCAUCUUCUUACUCGAUGGGGAUCAUGAAAGACUUGCAUUCUCCCCGCCGGUAAAUGUCUGUUGUCUGACAUCCGAGCUCCGACGAAGCACCUCCAACGACAUUCACUCCCUUGACACCGUGUGAGAGGGCUGGAGGCUUACUUCGCCCGCGCACAAUUUCCGCAUUCCUCUGAUUCCGGCUUGGCUGGACCGGAAAAGGCAUAGCAGGAAUCGAAAUCGGAUGUCCUGGGAGCGAUUAGGAUUGCACACGCCCUGUCUUCCUCUUCCUUUUCCUCUCCGUCUUCCUCUCGCUCACCAUGGACGUCGUCCUGGCACUCGCCUGCACAGCCGCCCUGACGGCGCUCAUCUGGUGCCAGCGCCGACUGCGCGCCCGACGACUCGGCGCUCCGCACCCGCUGCACGCCGUGCCGGGGCCUGCGGCCGACACGUUUCUCGCGGGCAACCUCGCGCGUCUGCACGGGCCUGAUGGGUGGGACUUCCACGCGCAGCUGGAGAGGGACUUCCGCCCCGGGGUGGUGAAGAUACAUGGGCUCGCCGGGAGCCUGCAGCUGUACGUGUACGACCCGGUCGCCCUGCACUCGAUCCUCGUCAAGGACGCCGAGUCGUACGAGGAGGGCCUGGUGUUCCUCAGCCUUACUCGUGUCCUGUUCGGGACGGGCAUCUUGUCGACUACGGGCGCAACCCAUCGGCGUCACAGGAAGAUUAUGAUGCCGGCGUUCUCGCCGAAGCAUCUGCGUGGGAUGGUGCCGGCGUUGUACGAGGUGGCGUGCAGGGUGUGUUUCGUCACUUCUUGUUUUCGUUAUGUUCUUUUCUUCCGUUGAGUUCCUGCGCGUAGCUUCGCGAUGGACUGGUGAUCCCUCAGAUCAAGGACGGCGUGUCGUCCGAGAUCGACCUCUACCCCUGCCUCAGCCGCGUAUCGCUCGAAUUUAUCGGCCGCGCGGGUGCAGACCACUCAUUCGACCCCCUGUCGUCCAUCGAGGAUCCAACCGACAACUACACCCGCUCGCUCAAGGCCAUCACCCCAUGCGUCCACAAACUCGCUGUCCUGCUGCCCUUCGUCCCGCUGCUCGCAAAUCGGGUGUCGCCUUGGCUCCGGCGGGCGCUGAUCCGUGUCGUGCCGAGACAGACGAGUCUGGGAACGCUGUGUGAUGCGGUCAAGGUGACCGAUCGGCGAGCCACGGAACUUGUUCACCGAGCGCGGGAAGGCGCGAGCCAGGAGCACAGGCAUGACGUUCUCAGUCUCCUCAUGCAAGACACGGAAGAUGACGAAUCGCCGCUGAUGACAGAGGAGCUGGUUGCCCAGAUAUCGAUGAUCGUGCAAGCGGGGACAGACACAACAUCUUCGGCGUUGAACCGCGUCAUCCUCGUUCUUGCGCUGAACCCCGAGAUUCAAGAGCGACUUCGAGUCGAGCUGCUGCGCCACGACGAGCGCAUGGACCACGACGUCCUCGUGCAACUGCCGUAUCUCGACGCGGUCGUGCGCGAGACGCUGAGGCUAUACCCACCGAUCACUGCCAUGUCGCGCACCACCACGCGUGAAUGCAUUCUCCCGCUAUCCGAACCCCUUACCGACACGCGCGGACAGAAGAUGAACGAGAUUCGGGUCCCGCAGGGCACGGAUGUCUACAUCGCCAUCGCCGGCGCCAACCAUAACCCGGCUGUCUGGGGCCCCGACGCUCUGGAGUUCAAUCCCGAGCGCUGGCUCGUGCCCGGAUCUGAACCAUCAUCCAAGUGGCCAUCAUCCGGGGUCUUCGGGGACAUGAUGACGUUCCUGGGAGGGAACAGGAGUUGUAUCGGAUUCCGAUUCGCCCAAUUGGAGAUCAAGAUUGUCCUGGCUGUGCUCCUUCGCUCGUUCAAGCUGUCUGUGUCACAUCCACAGCGGAUCUCCUGGAAGAUGGGCUCUCCAGCCGAGCCUAUGGUGGAUGGGAAAGCGGCGCUGCCGAUUGUCGUGGAGAGGUUAUAUUAGAUGCGCGUAGAAAUCGGACUUAUACCUAGGCACAUCCGCUUUAUCUAUUUUACUCAAGCCGCGAGUGUUCAUGAAACUCCCGGGUGUCCGUAUCGAUCAGUUGUGGAUCCUCA